AUGUGGUGGGCGGUGCCCCUGGCCGUGGCCCUCGCGGCCCUGCUCUACCUCUACAAGAUCAACGCGUCCAUGCGCUCUGUCCCAGCCGAGAUCGCCCAGCUAUCUCCUCACCGUUGGGCCAAAGAAGAGAUCAGGGAAACCUACGAGCGUCUCAAGAAACAGCCCCUCGGUUUUGACAAGCUCCUGCCGCCCCGCCUCAACAGACGAUAUGUAGUCGUCGGCGGAUCAGGCCUCGUCGGAGGUGACAUCGUCCUCGCCCUCCUAGCGCGCGGCCAGCCGGCCGAGAGCAUCCGCAUCGUAGACUUUGCCCCCCCGCAACGGCCUGACAUGGCCGCGACGGGAUGUGACUAUGUCAAGGCCGACAUAUCAGAUCGCUCGUCGGUCGAAGCAGCUUUUGCCAAACCAUGGCCAACCUCUGUCGCGACUUUGCCUCUGACCGUCUUCCAUACCGCGGCAGUUAUCCGGCCCCAGGAGCGCAGCAUAUUGUUCUAUGAGCGCUGCAGCCGGGUGAAUCGGGAUGGCGCAAAGAACGUGAUGGAGGCGGCUCAACAGGCUGGGGCCGACAUCUUUGUGGCUACGUCGUCUGCUUCCGUGGCGCUCGUCCCUCCUAAUUUCUGGGUCUGGCCGUGGGAGAAGGGGCCGAAGGAUUAUUUCCAGGUUAUCGAUGAGAGGGACUGGGGGAAGCCGUUAAGAGAGCAUGGGCGUUUCUUCGGGAACUACGCCUACACCAAAGCUGAAGCCGAACGGCUCAUCCUCGCCUCCAACACGCCCGCCUUUCGCACGGGUACCAUCCGCCCCGGCAAUCCGAUCUACGGUCAGCCCUCCGACCCCGUCGUCGGUAUCGUCCUCCGCAGCGGUACCAACGUCUCCUGGACACCGCACAUCAUCCAAAACUUUGUCUGCUCGCGCAACGUCGCCCAGGCCCACCUCGCCUUCGAAGCGGCCCUCGCCCGCAAGGAAAUGCCCGCCUGCGCCGGGAAACCCUUCGUCGUCACCGACCACGGCCCGCCCACCGCCUACGGCGAUGUCUACCUCGCUGCUAUGACGCUGGCAAAAACCCCCACGACGGUCAAACCCGUUCCUCCGAUCCUACUCUUUCUGCUUGCGCAUAUGAUCGAGGGCUGGUGUCUGUUGUUAGCCAAGGUUCCCUGGUUGAGCAAGACGCUGGGCUGGAAGGAACCCAGUGGGGAUGUGCAUUUGCUGCAGCCGUCAGUGUUUAGCGUGUCAAGUCAUGCGUUUGUGGAUGAUCGGGAGGCGAGGAAGAGCGUGGAGGAGGGGGGAAUUGGGUAUGGGAGUGGGUGUGCGACGAUUGAGGGGGUGUGUGAGCAGGUCUUGAGGUGGAAUAGGGAGAUGGUUGGGGAGGAGUGA